GGUCACACCACAAACACAGACAGAGGAGGCAGUGUGUUCACAACAGCGGAGACUCCCAGGGACCAAACACACACGCACACACACACACACAUACACACACACUUAAACACACACACACACACACACGCGCGGACACUUUCCUCCGCUCAGCCUGAAGGACGAACUGAGCCGAAGAGGAGCCGAAAGCAAUCGGAGCAUUUGGAAACAUCGAAACAGGGAAGUCUGAGUGGAGCGCGUCAGUCAGUGCGGAUUAAAAGCCGGGCCGUCAGCAUGUUCAGCUGGGUGAAGCAGGAGCAAGGUGGACGCAACAAGGAAGGGGAGAUGUACCAGACGGUGACGGAGGGACUGCAGAGCCUCUACACCAAGAAGCUGCUGCCGCUGGAGGAGACAUACCUCUUCCAUGACUUCCACUCCCCGGCGCUGGAGGCCGCCGACUUCCAGAGCAAGCCCAUGGUGCUGCUCGUCGGCCAGUACUCCACCGGGAAAACCACCUUCAUCAGGUAUCUGUUGGAGCAGGAUUUCCCGGGGAUGAGGAUCGGUCCGGAGCCGACCACCGACGGCUUCAUCGCCGUGAUGUACGGCGAGAACGAAGGCGUCGUCCCCGGCAACGCCCUGGUGGUCGACCCCAAAAAGCCGUUCAGGAAACUCAACGCGUUCGGAAACUCCUUCCUCAACAGGUUUAUCUGCUCUCAGAUGCCGAACCAGGUUCUUCAGAGCAUCAGCAUCAUCGACACGCCCGGUAUCCUGUCGGGGGAGAAGCAGCGGAUCAGCAGAGGUUAUGACUUUGCGGAGGUGCUGCGUUGGUUCGGCGAGCGCGUGGACCGGAUCAUCCUGCUGUUUGACGCUCACAAGCUGGACAUUUCUGACGAGUUCUCCGAGGCGAUCAAAGCCUUCAAAGGACAAGACGACAAGAUCCGAGUCGUCCUCAACAAGGCCGACCAGGUGGACACCCAGCAGCUGAUGAGGGUGUACGGCGCCCUCAUGUGGUCACUGGGAAAGGUGAUCAACACUCCGGAGGUGGUGAGAGUUUAUCUGGGCUCCUUCUGGGCCAAGCCGCUGCAGAACACGGAGAACAGGCGUCUGUUUGAGGCGGAGUCUCAGGACCUGUUCAGGGACAUCCAGAGUCUUCCGAGGAACGCCGCUCUGCGUAAACUCAACGACCUCAUAAAGAGAGCUCGCCUGGCCAAGGUGCACGCCUACAUCAUCAGUCACCUGAAGAAGGAGAUGCCGUCUCUGUUUGGGCGGGAGAAGAAGAAGGAGGAGCUGAUCAUGAGGCUGCCGGAGAUCUACACCAUCCUGCAGAGAGAGCACCACAUCAGCCCCGGAGACUUCCCCAACGUCGCCAAGAUGCAGGACAUGCUGCAGCACUACGACUUCAGCAAGUUCCCGUCUCUGAAGAUGAAGCUGAUCGAGUCGGUGGAUAAGAUGCUGGCCACAAAGAUCGCCGUCCUGAUGGCGAUGAUCCGGGAGGAGGAGUCCAAGCAGCCGCCGGCCAUGGUGUCGGGCGGCGCCUUCGAGGGGUCUCAGGACGGGCCCUUCGGUCAGGGCUACGGCGAGGGCAUCAGCGCCGGGGCCGACGCCGAGGACUGGAUCGUGAGCCGCGACAAGCACCGCUACGACGAGAUCUUCUACACGCUGAUGCCCAUCAACGGCAAGAUCACCGGCGUCAACGCCAAGAAGGAGAUGAUGAACUCGCGGCUGCCCAACACCGUGCUGGGGAAGAUCUGGAAGCUGGCCGACUGCGACCGGGACGGCAUGCUGGACGACGAGGAGUUCGCCCUCGCGCAGCACCUCAUCAAGGUCAAACUGGAGGGCUACGAGCUGCCCACCGACCUGCCCGACCACCUGGUGCCCCCCUCCCACCGCAAGAACCCCACCGCGGACGCCCUGUACAACCACACCGAGGACUAGAGCGCCAGCGGGGCGCCAGCGAGCCGCCAAAGAGACUGAGUGAGCUGAGAGGAGGACGGAAGAAAUCACCACAGAUCAACAUUUCUGCCGCUGACGUUCAGACUGACAGAGGAACCAAUCAGCACGCUGACAGAAGGUCAAAGGUCAAAGUUUAGGUGUCUUAUACUAAAGAACUCGUCGCCAAGGUGAUCUCCAACAUCGCUUUUUACCUGUUUAAAUAACCGGCCAGCAAAGUAACCAACUAACUAAGAGACUGAGGCUAAAUAUUCUGCUUUUAUUUUGGUAAGAGUUUUUAUGUUGUGUAAUUCAGCUGAUUUCAAAGCACCAAAGAAGAAAAGUGACAAACUUCCUGCGUAACGUAACGUCGCCUCAUGUUUUACUAACUCUGGUUUAGUUCGCUUUUAUUGUGAAAGGAGACAGUGUUUCCUCAUAUUUAACCCUUUAAACCUUUUUUUCCCGCCUUCAUAUUUGAAAGUAUCUAAAUGACAUCACCUGCAGUAUAUUAGCGUAAGUUGCUUGUAGCGUCACUGAUGCGAAUCAAACAGAUUAAAUUUUAAUGGAGUCUAUCAGCCGCAGAGGUAAACACACGGAUCAGCUUUCACACCGAACGCUCGCCACAGCGUUCAGAGUUUGGAGCUUCUCUGCUCCAACCGUCCGUCCAGAAAGACCCACAAUGACCCAGAAUGACCCACAAUGACCCACAAUGACCCACAAUGACCCUGAAUGACCCACAAUGACCCACAAUGACCCACAAUGACCCACAAUGACCCACAAUGACCCACAAUGACCCACAAUGACCCAGAAUGACCCAGAAUGACCCUGAAUGACCCACAAUGACCCACAAUGACCCACAAUGACCCAGAAUGACCCAGAAUGACCCUGAAUGACCCACAAUGACCCACAAUGACCCACAAUGACCCUGAAUGACCCAGAAUGACCCAGAAUGACCCUGAAUGACCCUGAAUGACCCACAAUGACCCUGAAUGACCCAAAAUGACCCACAAUGACCCUGAAUGACCCAAAAUGACCCACAAUGACCCUGAAUGACCCACAAUGACCCACAAUGACCCACAAUGACCCACAAUGACCCACAAUGACCCACAAUGACCCUGAAUGACCCACAAUGACCCUGAAUGACCCAGAAUGACCCACAAUGACCCACAAUGACCCAGAAUGACCCACAAUGACCCACAAUGACCCACAAUGACCCUGAAUGACUAUGACAUUCCUCUUACUCUCUAAAAUGGCAAAAUUAACGAUGUCCAUAUAAACACAAAGAGACUUUAUAUUGAAAAUGUUUUAUUUUCACAACAGAGACAGAAAAGAAAUGAUCAUAUCAUCAGAAAUAUGAUUUUUGCAUAUUUUUUUUACUCGUAAACAGAAAAUAUUUUAGGAUUUUAACUUAAUAAAUGACUCACACGAUGAGUUCCUGUAGGUGGACUGAUUGUUUGAGCUCUUGAGUUUAGUAUUUCAGAAUAAAACUCAUCAUAAUUAGCCUGAAUCGCUACAGUCACGAUGAGCUUUCCUGAAACUGUAAAAAUGUGACAGAUGUCAGUUUAUUUUUAUUUAUAGUGUAAAACAUUUUCACAAACGAUGACCAAAGAGUUUCACAGAGAGCUGAUUAUGUGAUUAUGAGAGAACAGAGUCCUCGUCUUCACUAUAAAACAGAUCCUCAAAAUAUUUUAUCAUUAAGAAUUAUAUUUAAACAAUAGAAUAACACGUGUAGAUGAUGUAACAGGUUCGGGGGGUCAUGACCUCUGCAGGAACACAAACACCGUCUUCACUUUAAAAAGCUGUUACUCUCCUCCACGUGACGCACGAGCACAGAUGUAGUCCCAGACCAGGACGCAGGGUUCAGGGCGUCCUCAGAGGGUCAAAGGUCGGAGCCCGUCCUGUUUGAACAGCAGACAGUCGUCCGCCGUUAACUCGUCCUCGGGGCAGUCGACAGUUUGUGUCCACUCAUUUCAGUUUCCUCGCAUUGUAAACAUCAGCAGAGGAGAGGAGAGGAGAGCGGUGACCUCUGACCUCUGCUGACUGCACACCUUCCUCCCUGUACCGCCCUCUGAAAACAAGAGUGAAGCAGCAGCUUUUAUGGGUCUGUGCCGUCGACUGGGGAAGAAACAGUUUCCACUGAAAUGAGUCGAUUCACGCAGCAAAUAAAAGGCUGAAUGUUCCUUUAACCAGGAAGUUAAAUCAAAACAAAAAAUAUUUUCUAUCCGUCUGCGUCUCUUUGUUUAAAGCUCCAUAAUUUCUUCUUCUUCUAUGUUUUAUUUGAAGUGUUGAUCCAUCAGAAGAUAUAAAAACCAUCUCAGUGUAGUUUUACAUCUCCUCUCUCAGGCUUCUCUCUGCAGCUCUAGUAACAACAGGUCAGUCAGCCAAUCAGAAGAGAGGAGGCUCUGAGCCUCUCUUCUGAUUGGCUGACUGUUUUCUGAGUGAUCCAAUAAAAAUAUAGCAGAUUUCAGAUAAAACACUCAGAGAAACCAAAUCCUGCAAGGUUUGGAUGGUGGGUCCAGGUGGGCGGGGCUUGGUGACUGCUUUGUUGUGACGUCACAAAGUUCCAGAAGUCCUGACGGCUGGUUUUAAGGCUCAGUUUCUGAAUACAGGCUGUGUGCAUUUCUCUGUGGACUGAGGCUUUGAUACUUUCACAGUAUUAAUAUAGAAGCUAGACCUGAUCUAUAAUCACACUACACAUGGACACACACCUUUACACUGGAGGAGAACGACAAAACUACAGAGUGAAAAUACUUUUGGAAAAGAAUGUGACAGGAAACAUUUAAAAAUAAAUUAAAAAUAAAUACAACUGCAUUUAAUCAGAGGUUUAAUGAUGAUUCUUCUGUUUCUAGAUGAUGAUAAAUGUCCGCUCCCCUCACAUCAUUACCAUAAAGAGCCGUGCCACAGGAUGUAGCUGGAACUAUGUAAAUACACACCAGCACUGUCCAUUAGCUGCUGUAAAUCUGUCAGCCGUAAAUAUUCAGCUGCUGCCCACAGCGCCACCUAGUGCUUUUAGCAGCUAACUGCAUCUCGUCAAGAGCUUUGAACAAAGCCGACUCGUCCUUUAAACGCAGCUCAGACCUCCACAGCAGUGCCUGCUCCUCUCAAGCCUCCCCCAGAUAAACAGACUUACUUUCAGGCUGAGUUUGGUGAACACGUUUUCUCCAGCGGUGCCUCCUCGCUCCUGCCUUACACCAAGCUUUCAUCUGAAAUCGUGCUACGUGUCAGGUCUGUGUGUUUCACAGUGUUUUUAAAAGCCUCUGUUCCUAUGACGGGACGGAGGUUCGUCCUCGAGGAUCCAGCAGCUCCUGGUCAGUGCCUUUAAUACGCAACAAACAACAAUCACAGUCAAAGAGUCGAGUUUGUUCUAUUGACCAGAAACUUCUCUGAUCAAACUGUCCUUGCAUUUGAUUUUUACCAUAAGGGAACAUCUGUACAGUCAGCAGUCCUCUCUGUCUCUCAUUUAAACUCCUCAGUGAAUAAAGUCAAACAUUUCAUUCUGAUCACUUUCUCUGUAAAGACGCGUCACUCAGUCAAACUGUUCGUCCAAUGACAAAUCAGACCUGCAUUUAUCUGAAUGUACAAGUUGUUAUUUUUGUGAGUUUGGUGUAUUUUGUAUUCCUCGUUGUGUGUGGAUGUGUUUCCUGAUGAUGCAGCUCCGCCUCUCGUCCUGUCCGCGGAGCUGGAGACUAAUAAAGUUUAUUCAGUACACACACUCCA